CUCAACUGAAAGCUAGGUGCUGUCAGAGGAGCAGGUCGCGUAGAUAAAUCGUCUCCCUUUCUCUUUCCUCUUUCGCUCAAACUUUCACGACGUUCACUUCUUAGGGUGAUUCAAUUAUUACCCAUUCUAUGUUGUCCGUGCUGACCUGCGAUUACCCACAAACGCCUGCGAUCUCUUGAGAUUGCUGAAGACCUGCUGAUCAACGGUCACGAUUUUGCAUGGCGCGAAAAGGUUGACAUGCGUAGGCCAGCAGCAAGGUGACAAGACGCAAUUGGGAGGAGUUUUUUUUAUAAUUCUGGAUCCUUUAUAGUUCGAUAGUUUCUCCGUGAAUCCGCGAGACCUUAGACUGUAAAAUGGCGUCUGUUGGCCCGAUCAAAGGCAGGAAUCACGGAUUCGCGGCGAAUUCUUACUUCACAGGUGUCAACAUCCACGGCUCUACUUUCAGGUCUGCUGUUCUCUCAGGUCGCCUACACUCCAACCUCUUCCCAACCACCACCAUCAGCAGCAGCAGCAGCAGCCUCAGCUGCAACACCCGCAUCAGCAGCAGCGAUCCCCUCUCCAUUCUUUCCCACUCCGUCCUCCCCCUCAUAACUCGCCCCUCUCUCCUCGCCUCCCACUCAUCCCACUCCUCCUCCUCAUCCCCCUCACCCUUCCUCUCGCAUCUCCUCCCCGUCGCCCACUGCCGAGCCGAAACAGCCUCGGACCAAUCCUUCCAGCCACGGGCUUACCAAGCCUUGCGGACAGGCUCGGAAAGAGGUCUUCCAAAGGAGCGGAGCAACGGGAAGGAAGGGGAGGGUUCUGAUGAUGACGAUGGUAAAUCUCGUGCUGACGUCAGCAAAGCAGCUAACGUCAUCACAGAACGAGUGAAUGGGAAGGUGUAUACCGUGAAGCUGAGAUCCCUCUACUCCGCCUUCUGUCCACGUGGCAUGCUGAUAAUGGCUGUGCGAAACAGCCUUAUCCAGAUCCUCCCCCUCUUUGCGGAUUACCUAGAGGCUCAGGCUCCCAGUUUAGAAGAGGAGGAUGAGGAGGAGGAGGAGGAAGCGUUUGAAUAUGGUCAAAGUGGGGGUGGGGUGGAGGGGGCGUAUGGGGAACUUGUAGCGAGAAGGGAGGCAAGGAGGGAGAGGGAGAGGCGGAGGGAGGUUGAGGCAGCGGAGAGGGAGAGGAAGAUAGCAGCGUUUCGGAGCAUGGAUGCUGGAAAGGUUGCUGCAGGCACACUGUGGCUGUCGCUGAGGGAGAUGGCAGUCAUCACAGUGCGCAGAGCCUUGGAGCACUUUUAUCUGGUUCCCUCUGUCUCUGUCCGCUGGCUCUGGAAGCUCACUAAAGACCCCACCCAGUCAGCCACUCGCAAGGUUACCAGGGGAGUCGCAGGCACCCGUUUAAUCACAUCCGUUACAGUCACGAACGUCAGAGCCCACUUCCUGAGCCCACUAUCCAGUGUAGCAGUGCAGCUUAUAACGGAUUCCUUCACUGCAGUCACCCGCCUGCUCUUCCCACCACCACCACCGCCUUCGUCCUCGUUACAAGCUGGCCAGGGGCUCGUUAUAAGCCCUGUGAAAGCCACAGGAGUGCAGAUCGUGUGGCUUGUGAAGCGAACGCUCGGCUACUCUAUCAAGCUCACGCUCUCGACUGUGUCUGGGGCUCUUCUCUCUGCUGUGUGUGUGCGAUACGUGGGACCAUGGACAACCAGCUAUGCCUACAUCCUCGGAGAUAUGCUCGUCUUCCAGACUGCCUCUUCCCUCAUUGACCCUCUCCUCUUUGGCGCUGCGGCGGCUAAGAGGCCUCUAGGAGGGUCUAGUGGGGGGAGGAUUGGGGGAGCCUCUGCUGGUGAAGGCUCGACUGCAAGCACUGCUGCUGCUGGUACUGCUGGUGGUGGUGGUGCGGGUUUUGGGGUGGGCUCGCCGUUUCUGGCUACUGCUGCUGCUGGUGGUGCGGGAAACUCAGGAAAUUCCACAAGUCAUUAGGGUGAACGCCUCUUCCCUCAUCGGCCCUCUUCUCUUUGGCUCUUCGGCCGCUAAGAGGCCUCUGGGAGGGGCUGUUGGGGGGGAGAUUGGGGGAGCCUCUGCUGGUGAAGGGGUUACUGCAAGCACUGCUGCGUCCUCCUCUGCUGCUGGUGCCGCUGGUGCUGCUGGUGCUGCUGGUACUGCUGGUGCGGAGUUUGGUGGGGGUUCGCCGUCUCUGACUUCUGCUGCUGCUGGAGGUGGGGGAAAUUCCACAAGUCACUAGCUGUUGCAAUCAGAGUCUUUCUGACUUCCUCUUCCCUCCUUGACCCGCCUCUCGGUGUAGCUUCAGCCGCUACAAGGCCUCUGGGAGGGGCCGGUGGGGAGGAGACUGGAGGUUCUUUUGCUGGUGGAGGUUUAACUGAUAGCACUGCCUCUGCUGGAAAAGAGUUGGUUUCUAAGGAAUUUCAAAGACAUACUUGACAAACUUCCAGGGGGGGAUGGGGGCACUCGCAAGGCUUUAUUCCAUUCAUUUAUGCUCUCCUAUUAGCGCACCAUACUAGUAUUAGAGUAUUCUUGAUUCUUGUCUCCCUACCAGUUAUAGAAUAAGAAGAAAAUAUAGGA